UCAGGUGCGGCAUUCCACUAGGCUGCGGGUUUAGGGGCGUCUCUGGGUUCUGCCGGAGGGGGGAAUUGGACAAAUGGUGCUCCAGUAUCUGGGGGGUAAAGGAGGCUCCAGAGCCUUCGGGAAGGCCUGGCGCAGCGCCGAUGGUGUGGUGUCAGGCACCAGCCCCACGUUCCUGUUGCAGUGCCGGCUCCCUGCGAGAGCAGAUCCAGCGGGAGGUGCAGGAUUACUAUGGCAAAGAGCUGCAGAAGUCGGAGGACCUGAAAACCAAUGCCUGCGUCACCUUGGCCAGGCCCCUUUCCAAGGUGGUGAGAGAUGCUUUGGAGCGUGUCCACGAGGAGGUGGUGGCCAGGUACUAUGGCUGCGGUCUGGUGAUUCCUGAGUGCCUAGAGUCAUGCUGGAUCCUGGACCUGGGUAGUGGCAGUGGCAGAGACUGCUACCUGCUGAGCCAGCUGGUUGGGGAGCGAGGCCAUGUCACUGGGAUAGACAUGACUAAGGAACAGGUUGAGGUUGCAAAGAAGCACAUUGCCUACCACAUGGACAAAUUCGGCUACCAAAAGCCAAACGUGGAGUUCCUCCAGGGCUACAUAGAGAAGCUGGAUGAUGCUGGGGUGGCUGAUGAGAGCUACGAUAUUGUCAUUUCCAACUGUGUGAUCAACCUUGUCCCUGACAAGAGGGCUGUGCUGCAUAAGGCCUACCGCGUGCUAAAGCCUGGGGGAGAGAUGUACUUCAGUGAUGUCUAUGCCAGCCAGCGCCUGAGUGAGACCACCCAGAAGCACAGGGUGCUGUGGGGGGAGUGCCUGGCAGGAGCCCUGUACUGGAGAGACCUGUACAGCAUUGCCAAGGAGGUUGGGUUCAAAACCCCAUGCCUGGUCUGUGCCAGCCCCAUCACCAUUGGCAACAAGGAGCUGGAGGACAUCAUUGGCAACUGCUGCUUCGUCUCUGCAACUUUCCGUCUGUUCAAGGUGCCAGCUGACAGCCAGGCUGGGCCGAGCCAGGCCAUCUACAAUGGUGGAAUUCUGGGGCAUGAAGAAGAGCUGGUGUUUGAUGCCAACUUCACCUUCAAGAAAGGAGAGGUAGUGGAUGUGGAUGCUGAGAUGGCUGCGAUCCUGCAGAGUUCCAGGUUUGCAAAGGAGUUCCUGAUCCAAGCUGGCAAGGCCAACACCACUACACCACAGGGCUGCUGUGGCAAGAGAGUGAAGGAGAAGAUCUGCAAUCCCUUUGAGCUACUGGAGCAUCAAGCAGCCCCUGGGACUGCCUGCCAUCCUAGUGGCACUUGUGGUCCCCAAAGAUGCUGCUGAGUGGCAAGUAGUGCCCUGGUGGAUACCAGCAGGGCAGAAGGAUAUGGCCCUGUGUAGUGUGUGGCUUCCACCAGAGAGCAAAUAAAUGUCUAAAAUCAAAGGUCGUGUGCUCAUGGCUGGAACCACAGGGCUCGUAGGUUGCUGUUGAGGCUGGUAGGGCAUGUUGUGGCUGGUUGUGGUGAGGAUGGGCAGCAUUUCUGUGGCAGCAGCUGCAUGACUUAGACACAUAGACAGGGACUGUCUCUGUGGGAAAGAGGUCAUGGGUUCCUACAUGUGUGAUGACAGGUCUGGCAUGGGUUUGGCAGCAGCACGUGCUGGGCAGCAGCCCAGCCCAAAGCAGAGACGUUUGCAGAAGGCAGCUUGGCAAAUUGGAGUGUGAAA